AUGGUGACGAUGACUACGGUGGAAGUUGGUGUUUUGAGUGCGACGUUGGUGGAGUGGUGAGCAGUGGUGAAAUCCAAGCUGACACGGAACAUCCACACGAAGACGACGACGACAAUACACAUCCAAACUGAAACACGUAAUCCAAUGUACACGGAACAACCAAGCAACACGGAGACAGAGCAAACAAUAGAAUCUGGCAGGGAACAGAAAGUCAGGAUAGUAAACAGAAGAAGGAAGCAACUGUAAACCUGCAGAUACAAGUGCCGAACCUGAUCUGUCUGGCUCAUGGAUCACAAGGUUUCCAGUCGGCCGUUUGCAGUAUUUGGAAACUCUACAUCAGUUCAGUUUGGUCAUGACAACAUUCUACUGGGAGAACCACCUCCUCUUAAACAUAAAGUAUUCUACAGGAUUGAUCCUCUACACAUAAAGAUAUCAGAAUGUCAUGUCUCAGUCAUCAACAUGAUUGACUUCACUGAACUUCACCUGGACUCUGUGAAUCAUCUCAUUGGUCAACUAAUGUAUAAAAAUCAAAUCUCUGCCUUCAUCUUUGUUGUGCGUCUGGGUCAGUUAACAGAUGGUGAUAAGAUGUGUCUUGAAUGGCUACAGUCAGUGUUUGGUGAAAGUGUUCUUCAGUUUGUGAUGAUUCUCUUCACUUAUGAGAGAGAAGAAGAGUCUGACUCUAUGAUAGAUGAUCUGAAGAAAAACACUGUUGUAGAGGAACUCCUGAAGAAAUGUGGAGGAAGAUAUCACAUCUGCAGCAAAACCAUGAACAACCAAUCAGAGAUGAGAGAACUGAUGAGGAAGAUUGACCGUCUGUUUAAUGAGAAUAAAGAGCAGUGUUACACUGGAGAGAUGCACAACACCCAGUUAAAAGAAAAACAGAAAAAGAACAAACCACAAGGCUGUGAAGACAGCAUGAAACAUUCUCCACAACAGAAAUGCAUGAUGAAUACAGGGAAACAGCAAAAGGAUGUUGAACAAAAGAGGGCCCAGGUCUUCCACACAAAGAAGAAACAAAUGUCUAUGAGAGAACAAAUGCAGCAUCUAUUUCACAGGCUUCAUCUUAAAGACAUCCACAAGAAACUCAGAGCUGCAGAUGUUCUUCAGAUAUCUGCACAUUCAUUACAGUCUUGUGAGUCUUGUGCUGAAGAAGAGCUGGUAAAGAAUUAUCUACAAAACAUACUGAUGAUGAACUACAGAGCAAGAUACAUUAAUAUUAAUGAGACCACUGAAAAACAUCACUCACAACAAACAAACAAAGAUGCAUCUAAAGAUGGGGGGGAUUUUUUUAAAGAAGUAUCUUUUUCUAAUAAUGUGAUGAAAAAAACAAACCGUGUUCACCCGAUGGAUGUUCAGAUGGCUGUGUUUCAUUGUGCUGAUAGUUUCCUAAAGCAGCUGAUGGUCACUAAACUCUCACAGUGUCAGUUUGCUCUUCCUCUUCUUGUUCCUCAUCCAUUCACACAACAGAUUGAGUUUCCUCUCUGGACAUUCAGACAAAUCAACAAGAGCUGGAAGAUGAGAAAUACUAACAAUGAAAUCAUCAGUAAAGAAGAACCAGUCUACAAGACAGAAACUCCAAUGGUGUCGUUCUUCAGGUUUGGUUCUGUGUCUUCAUCCAAGUCUCAGCUGAUGAACAAUCUGAUCAAUGAGAAACACAACACGUUCUUCCACAGGAACUGUCCAGGCAGCAGCAGAACCAGACUACUGAUGGAUGGAGUGGUGGAGAUCGCCUGGUUCUGCCCAUCUGGAAAAGACACAGAUAAAUUUAAUAACUGUGUUGCCUUCUGUAAUCUUCAUGGUGAUGCAGGAGACAAUGAGAAACAACUGCAGAUUCUGACUGAAAAGUCUUUGGUCAAUGUCGUUCUUCUACCACAGAUUGACAAAAAUGACAAAAACGCAACAAAGAUUCAAAACCUGUACACAGAAAAAAAAUCACUUAUUUGUCUUACUGAAGAUGAAUGUGUUCUCACUGAGACACGAACAGGAAAAUACAAAAUUGGUCUGAAAGACAGAAAUCAGUCAGAUGUAUCUGAAGAACUCAGAAGUGCUAUAAAUGAUUGUCUCUCAUCUUCACCAUCAGUUUCCAUGUUCAAACUUGAAGAUUUGUCCAAACACUCAGAUAUCAGAGUAGAUGAGGAAGAUGAUGAAGACUGCAGGAGAGGAAGAGAAGCAGCACAGCAGAUGAUGAGUUUACUGAAGAAUAAAGAUCCGAGAGAAAUUAAAGAAUCAUUUCUGCCCUGUCAGGGUAAACUCUGGCAUCAGUGGUGUCAGAAGAACAAAGAACUUCAUCGACCUCAAGAGGAAGACAUAGAACAAGAAAUAAGCAGAAAACAAACACAAAUGAAGAACAUACGUAAACAGCAACAUGAUCUUCACAUGAGUGAGUUUAUAAAGUUUUUUAUUAAUCAAAUGAACUCACAUGAAGCCAAUGUCAAUAGAUAUUUUCUUAACUGGCUCAGAAUGCUCCUGGAUGAAUUUACCCCAGCGGAUCUUUCUGAACUUCAAGAUCAAACAGAACUUAUGCGAAUAUCUGACGAACUUCAAGCAGCAAGCUUUGGUUUGGAGCACAUCAUGAGAGAGAUCGGUCAGAUCUAUGAAUCAUGUUCAUCUGUGAAGAAGAAUAAGACAGAUCUGCCGUUUCAUUUUUCUUCUCUCCCGAGUCUUGCAGCAGAGAUGAUGAUCUGUGGAUUUCCACUGGAGCUGAUGGAUGGAGAUGCUGCUCAUGUUCCUCUGAUCUGGAUCACUGCUGUUCUAGAUAAACUCAUACAGAAACUGGGAGACCAGAGAGUCUUUGUGCUGUCAGUUUUAGGACUUCAGAGCUCUGGGAAAUCCACCAUGCUGAAUGCCAUGUUUGGACUUCAGUUUGCAGUCAGUGCUGGCCGAUGUACCAGAGGAGCUUUCAUGCAGCUGAUCAAAGUAUCAGAGGAGAUGAAAGAUCAGAUGAAGUUUGACUAUAUUCUGGCUGUUGAUACUGAGGGUCUUCGAGCUCUAGAACUGGCUGGUAGAACCACAAGACAUCAUGACAAUGAAUUGGCCACAUUUGUUGUGGGUCUUGGACAGCGGACAUUGAUCAACAUCAUGGGAGAAAACCCAGCUGAGAUGCAGGAUAUUCUUGAGAUUGUUGUUCAGGCCUUUCUGAGGAUGAAGAAGGUCAAACUGAAUCCCAGCUGUAUGUUUGUACAUCAGAACGUUUCAGACGUCACAGCUGGAGAGAAAAACAUGGAGGGAAGGAGACGACUGCAGGAGACACUGGAUAAAAUGACAAAACUUGCUGCUAAAGAUGAGGUUUGUGAUGCUAAAUGUUUCAGUGAUGUCAUUAAUUUUGAUGUACAGAAUGAUGUGAAGUAUUUUGCUCAUCUGUGGGAGGGCAACCCACCAAUGGCACCACCAAAUCCCAACUACUGUGAAAAUAUUCAAGAACUAAAGAAAACUAUUAUUUCACAAUCCUCAAAAUCAGAUGGUAUGAGGCUGACACACCUGCGUGAUCGAAUUAAAGAUCUCUGGGAGGCUUUACUAAAUGAACGAUUUGUGUUCAGCUUCAGAAAUUCUCUGGAGAUUUCAGUAUACAGGAGACUGGAGACAGAAUACAGCAAGUGGACCUGGACUCUUCGCAGUGCCAUGCUGGAAAUUGAGAACAAACUACACAACCAAAUAGAAAAUAAGGCAAUUGAUGAGAUUGAGAAAACAGAUCUUCAGGCAGAACUGAUGGAGAAAACCAAAGAAUUGAAAAGCUCAAUGUCAGAUUUAUUUGAGAAAGACACAGAUGCUGAUAUACUGAUUCAGUGGAAAUCAUCAUUUGAAAUAAAAAUCAAAGAUGUUCAAGAAAGCAUUGUGAGAGAAACAAAGAGGAAAUUAGAUGAAAUUCUUCAGCAGCAGGACCUGAAGAAAAAAAUUGAUGAUCAGAGGACAAAACAUGAAAGCUUUCUUUUAGAAAAGAGUAAAGAACUUGCAUUGACACUCAAAAACAAAGCAAAUGAUAAUGCAACUCUGAAGAGAGAGUUUGAUUUCUUCUGGGGAAAGUGUGUGAAGAACUUCACCAAAGAUACUACUCCAAUCAAAAACAUUGACAUACUGAGAGAUAUGAAAAUACUCCUUAGUGACAUCCAUAAAAGUGUCCCUAUAGAACAUAGAAAUGAGAACACAGAUAUUUUCUCUGUGACAAAAUAUUCCAAUUAUGUAACAGUAAAGAAAUCCAAUGGAUUGACAGGACAGGUUCAAAAUAUGUGCAAAGCAGCUAAAGAGAAGCUUGGUUACACUCUGUCUAAAGAUGAUGAAACACACAUAACAAACUUGAUCUCAGAUGUUGUUCAGGAGACAGACAAAAUGAUCAAGUCAUUUCAUAUUUCAAAGUUGGGCUACAACAUCAGCUACAUUAAACAACUCACAGAUCACAUCAAGACAAGAAUAACAGAAUAUGAGGAAAAGUCUGAGACAUAUCUGUUCAAGACUGAAUUCUUUAUAGAUUUGGUAUUUUCUAUAUUUAAGAGAGCAGAACAGACAUUCAUUAACCAACACAGAAUGUUUAGAGAAGUCAAUGAUCCUGUUCUCUAUUUUGAGAAGAAGAGAGAUGAAUACUAUAGUAUUUUCCAGAAAUACUGUGAUGGAGCAACAUCAACUGCUAUUUUUGGUGAGAUCAUCUGUCAGAAACUGAAGAGACCCAUUGAACAGAGUGUUUAUAAACAGACUGCCAGAGAUUUAGCAGAUGAAAUCAGAUCAAACUGUCCAUCACUGAAUGGAAACAGAUCAAAUCGUGAGAAACACAUCCUGAAGAGACUGGCAGAAGAGGAGAACUUUUCUGCGUUCAAUGACUACAUUAAUUAUCCCAAAGAGCAUUUCAAGGAUUUUAUUAGAGAUGAAGUCCGUCAGUACAUCAGUGAUCAGUUCAGUAUCAGUGUUAAACCCAAGAUGAAUCAGAACAUUGAAGUUUUGCGAAAGAAGAUUCUAAAAGCAGCACAAAAAUCUACUGAAUAUGUUGAAGUGAAGAGUGGAGAUGUUGAUUUGUGGUUGAUGUUUUUCACACAGAAGCUCUCAGAUGAUCUGAUAUUCUCUGUGAAGGACUUCAGUGGAGUCAAACAUGAUGAUGUUGAUUUUAAACUCCUAGAAGAUGUGAUAAUAACUGAACUUCCAUCUAUAAUAUCUGACAUCAGCAGAGAGUUCAGCGCAGAUACAUUUUAUAAAAAUCUUGAUCUCAACAACAGACCAGAUGAGAUUCUGAUUGAUCAUUUCUGUCAGUGCUGUUGGGUUCAGUGUCCGUUCUGUAAAGCCUCCUGCACCAACACAAUAGAGAAUCAUGAUGGAGAUCACAGUGUUCCUUUCCACAGAGUGAUUGGAAUGAAUGGAUUCUAUUAUGAUGAAACACAGAAUCUCUGUACAGAAUUUUGCUCAACUGCAGUGAAAACUUCUAAAAUUUUUAAAUCAUCAGGUCAGUGGAUUUUAUUUAGUGACUACAAAAGUGCAGGACACGUUUAUGCAAAGUGGAGCAUCACCCCUGAUCUCUCCAAGAUGCCCUACUGGAAGUGGUUUGUGUGCAGAUUCCAGAAAGAUCUAGAGAUGUACCACGGAAAAACAUUCCAGGACAAGAUUCUAGAUGAAUGGAAAAAAUACACAAAAGAGGACGCAAUUAAGAGUUUAGAUAAAUACUACAGUCCAAAACAUUAAUUGUUCUUAAUGUUUUCAGCAGAAAAUGGAGCAUUUUUAAGAACAUUGCUCUGCUCAGGACAAAUCAGGGACAUUAAUUGAUUAUCAAGGAAUAUACACACACACACCCUAAGAAUCAGGGAAGUGUACAUUUCUGAAUAUGUACUGGGAUUUCUGAUGUGAAUUUUUUAUCAGGAUGGUCCAGCACCUUGAUAACAACAUUGUUUACAGUUACUCUGGCAGUUUACUAGAAAUUCAUUGUUCAGAUCAAUAUGAGCAAUUGCAGAGGUAAGUACGAAAUCCUGUUUAGAGAGAUGGAAAUAUAUAAAAUUCUUAAGAGUUUUCAACAUGCUCCUGUCAAUAACUCACUGAAAGGUAUUAAGAUGUUUUUUUAAUUAACAAAUUAUUAAUUAUUUUUUAUUAAAGGUCGCACUGGCGCGACUGCAAAAUUUUAAUAUAAUUAUAUUAAUAUAAUGCGCAGGCAAUUACGUCUACGGGGCAUCCAGUCCCUCUUCUUGUUGCUGCACCUUCCCUUGUCUUUCUAUCAUAUCUCAGGUGCAUAUCACCGCACCCUCUGACAGUACAUUAACAUUGGGCGUAAUUGGCUUUCUUGCACUAGGUUAUUUGCAUAAUACGAUCUGAUUGGCUGACGCACACGUUGGCACUUGAAAAGUUGAGAAAUGUUUAACUUCUGCUGGUCAUGUCUCUUUUGUCCAAUUUUUUGUCCACUGUCCACUAAAAAAGUCUCUUUUGUCCACUUUUGACCGCUUUUGUCCUGAUUACUGAGGGGAUGGUUUGUGGAGACUGUGGGUGAUUCUCUCGGCUGUCAUUUAAAUUUGAGGGGGAGAAAUUACAGGUUUAAAUUGCACCAAACUAAUAUUGUGUCAGAAUCCGCUGCUUGUGUUGUAAGUAAACAUGCUGCACAGUGUAUUGUACAUGUAUAUGUAAGAGCUUUCUCUGAUAUUUCAGCGCAAUUGAUGAAAUAAUCUCACACAACUUCCACACGCACGCAAAAUGAAACUAAUGAAACAGGCGGAGAUCAGCCGCUUUAGUUUUAUUAAUGAAAGCCUAAAGAUAGCGCUGUAAACUGUGUGUAAAAAAUUGUGCUCAGUACCUCAAAAUUAGAGUUUACAAGUCCUGGCCAAAUGAUAUCUUCAGAGUGCAUGGAGACAUUUUGUGGCGAUUACAUCAAAAAAAUUUGAUUUCUUUACUCAAGUCUGUGUUAAAGUAGCUUAAUGCUGCGUUUACACCAGCCGCGGUAGAGGAAGCGUUUGGCGUGGUAGACGCGAUUCCUCCUCAUUUGCGUGUCUAGUUUGCUUGAAUUGAGCAUCUGGCGGGGUACGCACGAAUGGUGCUUUUUGAGCAUUUUGCGUUUGACACGAAUUUGUGGCUGCACCCGAGUUGAAGAUUCAGGAGCCUACUUGCUGCUGUGGCGGCAGCCCCGCCCAGAGUCACUCAUUCAACAUGAAGAAACGCUUGAUAUUGUCCAUAAGCAGUCACCCAGAGCUACACAACACAAGUUCUUAUUUCUAUAGAGACAGGAAUAAAAAGGACCUCACUUGAAAGAGUGUCAGUGAGGACAUUGGGCAACCUGGUAAGUUGUAAAUACACAUUUCACUUUUGAGUCACGUGACGUUUAUUGAACUGCGCCGUUUAUUUCCCCCCUAUGGUAAGGUGACCAAAUAUCAACAUCAGCCAUGUUGCAAACAGACAACCAUAUAGCACUUGCCCCUCCAACAAGAAGCGGAUUUUGCCUCUGACGCGUGUCAAAUGCUUGCUUUUUCCGUGCGUCCACUUCGCUCUAGACGCACAAAUGCAUUCAAACUGUCCAAGCGACAAACUAGGCGCGGUAGACACGAUUUUGAUGCCUCAAACACGGUUGGUGUAAACGCAGCAUAAAGCUUUUACAACAAAGUACUGUAGGGCUGGACGAUAUGGCCAAAAUUUUUAUCAACGUAUACUUCUAAUUUUCGGUUGGUACGGUAUAAAUCCGAUAACGGUAUGAAUGUUAAAAAAAGCCUUGGGAUAAACUGCAAAGAAUGCACAAAACAAAUGCCUGUACAUACAACUUCUAAAUAUACUCUAUAUACUAGGGUGCCUUUUAAUUGAUUUGCUAUUUCGACAUGGAAGGGCGGGGCGCUCUGUCACGUACUUAAUUAAAUUUUGCCUGUUUCAUUAUUUGGAGGUUGUUUUAUAUGUAUUUACCAAGUCUAUGAAGCCUCCUCCUAUAAAACUAUAUGAUAUUUACAAAAAUAAAAAUGGAAUAGUAAAUUGAUGUUCCUUUUUUAUUUGUAUUUAGCCUUCAUACAAAAUUAAAUGUAUACUCACUGUCAAAUAAUCAGACUUUAGCGCUCACCUUUAAUAUUAAUAAGGUUCAUCUGAAUGUCAGUCAGUGAUAAAUGCUGUAAUGCAGAGGUCUCAAAUGAAUAGAUAAUUUUAAUAACAAAUUCUUCAGUCACAGUAUUAACUUUCAUAAUUCCAUAAUUUUGAUAAAUUUACUAUUAUAGUAAUAUGUGGAAAAGUAUGAUUAAAUAUCCUAAGUGACCAAUAGGUGCCUACAUACUUUUAUCUAUUGCACGUUUCUUUUCCCCUUUUUUAAAACGUGAACCUGAUUUUUCUCAUCCGUAGAUCAGUUUGUGUUACAAAUGAGCGCCUAAAUUCUGAUCAGGCAUUACGUUUUCCGGAAUGCGCGGCUCAUGUUUGCUUAGCUGCGAAAGACGGCAAGCGCUCUGAAGGAAGAAACGCAUUGACUGGCGUUUAACACGUGUUUUUAGAUGUGACACACGAACGGCCACGGGACGCUGUAAUGUUUAUCUAAAUAUCGAAAAUAUAUCGAUAUUGAAUUAUUGUCCAGCCCUACAACAAAGUAAUAAAAGGUUUAUUGUAAGUUUAAUGGUUAACAGUAAGGAAAAUAUAUGUUAAGAGUAUGGUUAAAGGAACAGUAUGUAGGAUUGUGGCCAAAACUGGUACUGCAAUCACAAACCUUGUGGCUAAAACUGGUACUGCAAUCACAAACCUUGUGGCUAAAACUGGUACUGCAAUCACACAACUGGUGGCCAAUACACAAAAUGACAACAUAAACAUCAUUUGAGGGCUGCAACUCCACUUUUUAAAUGACAAUAUCCUGGCCAGACUACUCAGUGAUAUAAGUACUUGAAAUGAAAAUGUUUUCUUAAUGUCUAGUGACAUAUC